AUGGACAACGUUACGGAGCCAGCGACGGCACUUCCAGAAGGGGUUUCGGGAUAUCGGCUUUACCAUGGUUACGUGAGUCUUGUAGUCUGCUCAAUAGGAAUUGGUUUGAACAUCUUCAACGCCUUUAUAUGGUCCAGAAGAUGUAUGAGAUCUUCCACCAGUCUCAUUCUGACAAUGUUAGCCGUAACGGACUCUUUGAGCCUCUUUUUCUAUUUGAUAUACUCCGCCUAUCUCUUCAUUGCCACGGGACCUAGUCAGCUAUUGUAUCAUCCCAAAGAAUGGAUGUAUGUUGUGGUGAUAACUUUCCAUGAAUUCAUAGCAUUUCAUACCACGUCCAACUGGCUUACCAUAUCUCUAGCAAUAUUUCGUUAUAUGAAAGUGUGCCAUCCUAAUGCUGCAAAAGUCUGGUGUAACGAGAAAAGAGCAAAGGUGACAGUCUCUCUUGUGUUUCUGACUACAGCAAUGGCCACCAUUCCAUUUUAUUUUUACUAUGAAGUUUAUAACGUUUCCGAAGACUAUCCUACUCUCACAGGCUACUGGAUAAGGAAAACCAACUUUGCCAGAAACAACAUCGACUACCAGACAAUAUUAUUGUGGGUGUAUGGCGUCAUAUUUAAGGUUUGUCCUUCCAUUGCAAUGAUUGUCCUCAGCGCUCUGAUGAUAGGAAAACUACACAGAGCUCAAAAGAGACGGAGAGUAUUCACUGUUGGUCGCGAGAGUCACGUAAGCAAUCAUCGAGGGUACAGUCGUACUACAGUCAUGCUCAUCGUUAUUUUAAUGAUCUAUGUCCUUAUGGAGCUACCAAUUGGAAUUUCGGCGUUCACUUCCGGUUUACAAGGAGGCGAGAGUCAUUACUUUUAUUUUCUUUUGUAUUCGGAAGUAGGGGACAUUCUUGACAUGUUGGCAUUACUGAAUGCGUUUGUCAAUUUUGCUGUGUAUUUUGCAUUAAGUCUUCAAUUUAGAACCGUUUUCAAAGGAAUGAUUCUUCGGAAAGCCGUCUCAGAAGUUCAUUUUGGAUCCGAUUCAACAGAAAUGUCCAGGUCAAAAACAGCCUCGAAGGUGUUUAUUAUUCCAGUGAUGUGGAAAUCUGUCAAGCAAAAGCUUCGUCUUUAAAAUUUUUAUGCCUUUAACAUUGAUAUAUUUUAAGAUAGCUGCAGAAUUGUAGCGCAAACCUAUGGUUUCAUAUACAUGUAUUAGUCUUUGACCAUAACGCUAAAGAUACUGUAUUGCAAAUAAUGUGCAAUUUACGACUCAUUUGCGCACGGUUUAGGAGGAUUUCUCCGCUUUCCAGCAUUAUACAAUUAAUUUUCAUUCCCUUAUUCAAAACAUAUUUAAUUACCAACCUGUAUAUUUUGUCCACCUCCCAACCCUUUAUAGUUGUCUCUACAUACCAAUAAACUCGCUUGUUUUGAUUUUUCUGCCAUUCAACAAAAAUCAAAACAAACAAGUUUAUUGGUCUGUAGAAACGAUUACUAGUAUAUAAAGGGUUGGGACUCUGAUA